AUGGGGGACCGGAACGCCAGAAUCGGAAACAAUGUGGUCCAAGGAGUGAAACACCACUUUAACGAUGAACAUCUCAACGAGAACAGAAAGGCUCUGGUAGACCUUUGUGAUCGUCACAAUAUCAGAAUAAAUAACACAUUCUUUAGGCAUAAAUCACAACAUAAGAUCACGUGGCAGAACUCGCGGGGACAGAGCUCAACAAUAGAUUAUAUUCUAUCGAACCGAGCCAUACAUGCAACCCAGAUAUUGGAUGUGAGAAGUUUAACAUCAGCCAACAUAGGCUCUGAUCAUUUCUUGGCCCUCUGCAAGCUGCGUAUUUACAUACAAAAGAAGAAACUCUCUUUAAGCCCCGAAAAAGAAAAAUGGAACAUAGAAUCUCUUAACGACCCGUCAACCAGGGAACUCUACCAAACUCGAUUAUAUAAAAAAAUUGAAAGCAACUCCAUCCUGGAAGAGGACGACGUCGAAAACUCGUGGAAUAAAAUACAGUUGAACGUUCUGACUGCAGCCAAUGAAACCAUCGGGAGGAGAACAGUCAAUACAAACAAACAAUCAAACUAA